UAGAGACACUCGCGCAGGGAGAAGUUCAUGAAGCUCGAGCAUCUCGGCGCUGUAGAAGAUCCAGCAGUGGAAGGGAGACUGGGCUUCUGCCGUAAAGCGUGGAGUAUUAUUGGGAAUACCUCAAAAAGAAAUCAUUUCACAGAUGCUGAAGGAAUUUAUGUGCUUGAAAUAGGGCUUGCCCAAGGCAGGAUUACCUGGCCGAAGAGUAUCUACUCAGAAUGGAAGCUGCUGCCACCAUGGAACUUUGGAGACACUGCAGCCGGAGAAAUCGCAAAGCGGCCUUCCACAAUAUCUUCUGGGGUGUCAACCUCUGCCAGCUUCAACGCCUCUUUAAGGAGUCGGGGGAUAAACGAGCUGAGCAGCGGGCACGGCUGAUCUGGGAUACCAGUGAUGAGAGCGAGCUGGCCAAAGUGUUGACUGGAUUGAGAGGAGGCAGAAAUCGGGGGCACAAACAAACCGCUCAGUCACCAAACAGCAGAUGUGAUUCCCUGGGGCCACGGUGGCUGAAAGACUUUGGGAAAAUGAGAAUCAGUGAAGAAUAUGUAGAGAAGACAGGAGACAGUGGUGACUGCUCAGAAACUGAAUUGGUGUCUUCUGAUGCUACAGGACCCGCUGCAGGUCCUCCACUAGAGACACCAAAGGAGCACGUCAGUCACCCAACAUCUGACAGUAAACACUCAUCGCAAACCUCAUCUCAUAACUGGAAGCGUCAUGGAUUGAGAGAAGGACAUCAAAAGCCAGAGCGGUAUCUUCAUCGUGUUUUACAUUAACCUUUGUGCUGAAAGACAACAUGAACUCUUUCUUUCGUUGUUAUUUUUAACUAUCUGACUGACAGUUUUCAGCCACAAGUGAUUUGUUGCUCUUUUCCCAGUUCUGGCCCAGCAAAGUUAGUUUCACUUCAGUCAGUAGUGAAACACAUUUUAAAUUUAAAGUUCGAAAUUCACCACCCAAACAUUCCUUGGACUUCUCCUGCACAAUGACCUACUUGUUUAGGUUGCUGGACUAGCGCUGACAUGUGGAGGCAGGAAUUUCAGUAAAUAUUUGUGUUUGAGUAGCUCCAUACUGAAAUGGAAUUAAUCAUGCAUUGAAUUCCAUACAAUAACACUUUAUAUUAUAGUCACUCACACUAAUGUGACUACAACAUAUGACACUGUUACAAAAUCAUGAUGGAAAGCUCAGUCUUCACCUUUUCAGAACACUAUAUCCAGUAUAGACAUAAUUAA